AUGACACCCGCGGUUUUUGGCUACAGCACGGCACCUGCCGCAGCUGACUUUGACCAGGCUGUGCACUCGGGCGGGGCCAAAGUGCUGCUCAGCAUGGGCAAGAUCCUCGGGCUGCCACUCGAACGCCUCUGUGCGAGCUGGGUCAUUUACAAUAACCGGCGCAACGGGCUCGAGCACGAUGGUCUACGGCUUCAUGCGUCGUCUACGGGCGAGCUUGCGGAGUGGAGUUUGGAUGUGGCACCCGCCAAGGCUGACUUUGACUGGGCCGUGCACUCGGGCGGGGCCAAGGUGCUGCUGCUCAGCGUGGGCAAGGUCCUCGGGGGCGUCUGGCAUCGCGGCGGCAUGUGGGUGCUCAAAGACCGCCUGCGCGCGAUGACAUUUGGUGGGCUCAGCAGCGUGUGGAUGCCCAAAGACUGCCUGCGCGCGAUGACAUUCGGUGGGCAAGUGCUCACGUGGCUGUCAAUCAUCGGCUCGCGUUUCUUCUGCCUGUUUCUGAACGGCCUUGGCAUAAGUGUUGCCGUGCAGCUGCGUGGUUUUAGUGCUGAGCGUGCCACUUCGGUCAGCACCAAGGUCACCACUGCAAACAUAGCAUGCCGCAAUCUUGUUGCCACCGCCGGAGUCAGGUUUAUUCUGCCCUCCGUCAACACCUUCGACAUCUUUGUUGCUUUCACAGGGACCGCCGUCAUCUCAUGGAGAGGCUAUGGAUUAACACUUGCUGUCCUCGCAUAG